CCCCAGUUCCGUUAAUUGUCUGUAUGUUUAGGGAGUUUUUUUCGAGCGGAAAAACGUCCGGGAAAGCAAGUUUUUCAACAUGGAAAAUUGCGGAAUGAGCCUCAUUAAAUACCUGCUGUUCAUCUUUAAUUUCCUCUUUGCAUUAUCAGGCCUGGGCGUGAUAAUAACAGGAGCAGUAGUUUUAUCAAACGUAUCCGAUUUCAAUCACUUCCUGAGCAGCGACCUGCUGGGGCCCCCGGUUGUCCUCAUUGUAGCAGGAGUAAUAGUGUUCGUAAUCGCCUUUUUAGGAUGCUUCGGGGCCAUCAAGGAGUCCUACAACAUGCUAAUGGCCUUCGGUGGACUCCUGAUCAUAAUUUUCAUAAUGGAGAUAGCGGUAGGCGUGACAGCGGCCGUCUAUCGCAAGGAUUUCCAGGAAAAUCUCAAACAGAGCCUUCUGGAUUCGAUCAAAAGAUACACCAACGGAGAUGUGGAUAGCGAGAAGAUGCCAUGGCACAACGUACAACAAAAGUUAAAAUGCUGCGGAGUGAACGGUCCGGCCGAUUGGCAAGGCCAGAACAUCCCGUUGUCCUGCUGCACGGAGGAACAACAGCAGGAGACGGUGCAGUAUUGUACCGACUACGGCGUGGGGAAUUACAUGUACCAGAAGGGUUGUUUCGCCUAUUUAACGGAGCAAGUGGAACAAAAUGCCAAAGUCCUGGUAGGCGUCGGGAUCGGGAUAGCUUUCAUAGAGAUAAUCGGAAUCGUCCUGGCCUGUUGGUUGGCUUUCACUAUAAAAAAGGAGCAAUCCGAGAAGUAAUUUACGCGAUAUACCAUUGCGUUUAUACAUUAAUACUCAUUCCGUACGAGCACGAAAUUUACCUAUUAAAUUUUAGCGAGUGUAUUCCUGCAAACCGUCAUUUCGUAAAGCACAAUUUAGUAUUGUUACUUUGCUGUUACAAUAAAGGAAAUCUUUUAGAAAACUAAUCGAAUUUUUCCAUCGAAAUCGCCGCGUUCACCGUCUUCUGCCUCGCCCAAAUGUUCACUGCGAAUUUCAAUUCUUGAAUCAACGCUGCCUUAGGAGUGAUCU